AUGGACGAAGCGGUGCCAUCGCGCUGGGGUGACCGGUCCUUGAUCCAGAAGGGCGAGGGCGAGGAAGGUGGACAAGCAGAGAGGGCCGUGAUGGUAGAGAGGCUGUUGAAGCCAACCAGUGACUACGAGAGCGACGGCAAUAAUGCUGCAGCACUCCAGGCAGCCAGAUCUCAAGAAAACGCCGCGAUAAGAAAACACGCGGACUGGGACAGCCCAGCGGGGGCGAUCUGCAGGGCACACCAACAAGCCAAGAUACACCUCGCCAUCUCGACACCUGACCUUCCCCCAAUCCCGCACGAGGUGCUCAACAUCAACCUGGCCGUGUGCCCAUUCGUACCGCUGGCAGGGCUGAUUAUCCUGUACGCACUGUCUCUUGCGGCCGAGCUUAUGGUGACGCCGGCCUGGAGGAACCAAUACAUCCGCGAGGUGGUGCCUUUACUGCAUAAAAGCGUCACCAAGGUGCGCAGACGAAGUUGGCCAGGUGUCGGCGGCGGCGACGGCGACCAGGCCCCCGAAGAGCAGGCCGCCAAGGUCAAGGCUCUGGAUCAAUGGUGCCUGGAUCACGGUGUGAGCGAGCUGAUGUAA